AUGUCUCAAUCUAGCUCUUCAUCAGACAAAGACAUAAACAUCCCCAGGGAUGCAUUUUCGCAUGUCGCCAGUCCCACUACCAUUCCUGCUACGUCGAACGUCACACCUGAACCCAAGGCUUCUUCUCGUGGCCGCACACCGGCCCGAUCAUCCCAGCAUUCUCCAAGAUGCCGAGGCCAGCCUUCGCCGACUCCGACAAGACCUCCAUUUUCUUCCAAGGCUUCCUCAUUCCACUCGGCCACCCCGACUAUCCCACCCAUCGGGAAUUGGACCGUAGCCGGCCUGAGACAAGCGCUGGGUGACUCCCAAGAUGACCCACAGACAGAGGAAAGCCCACAGGGCCCAAGAUUUACCUGUCCAGCCACCUCCGUUGUCUGCCCAUUCAGAACACGGCUCACUUCGCCAAUCGAGUCACAGCAACAGGGCUCCAGCGAGUUUUUCCAUAAACUAAUUUACGGCGCUCCCUCGCAGGAGAUAAAUAAUUCUCAAACCUCCCUCCUGCUUAAAGGUAUUCAAAGAUCCCAGCCCACCCGACCCGACACCAGACAACCGAUAACACUAGACAUCCUCAACAAAUGCAUUCGUACCCUCCGCACAGGCUACCAACCUCUCAAUACCGCGCGAACACUUAACGCCAUGUUCAUCCUAGCCUUUUUCGGCUUUCUUAGAUGCUCAGAACUUGCUAUUACUUCUAAAUUCAACCCAAGAAACAACCCCACUAUUUCAGACUUAUCAGUACUAGAUGGAGAAACAAUCUCCUUUUUGAUUAAACAAAGUAAAACUGACCAAACCAAAAAAGGCCAUUUUAUCUAUAUUUUUAACCUUCCGUCGCCAAUCCAUCCAUACCAGUCAGUUCAGGCAUAUCUUCAAUGGAGAAGCUCCCAAGCCAAAUCUCCUGCAGAACCCCUGUUCAUAGACGAAUCAAAUAAACCCGUGACACGCUUUUGGUUCCAGAAACACCUCAAAUCUGUCCUCCAGCAGUCAGGUUUCCCAACAGAGCGCUUUUCAAGCCACUCAUUCCGCAUAGGGGCCGCAACUACAGCAGCCCAAAAAGGCCUUUCCCAACAUCAGAUCCAAGCUCUCGGGAGAUGGUCCUCAGAUGCUUUCCAAAGCUACAUCAGGACCAACCGUUUUCAUAUCAAAAAAGCCCACCAAAGCCUCAUCGACUAAAACCCUCUGGGCCACUCAGCAGGGUUAGCGAGCAUUGGUCUCCCAGAUGACACAGCGAGAAAUCUCCUGGGCAAACACUAAUUUUUUCUUUUCUGUUUUUCAGCACCCCAGGAAGGGGAAAGUUUACACUCAGUGAGCAUGCUAUAAGUGGAGAGUCUCCAUGCAGCAUGAAAGAGUGGAGUCUCCACGCAGUUGUGAAGUAGCGGAGAGUCUCUGCGCAGUCGUGAGGGGGUGGAGAGUCUCCGCGCAGUGUGAAAAAGUGGGCAGCGUCUCCACGCAGUUGUGAAAGAGUGGAAAGUUUCCACGCAGCUGUGAAAGAGUGGAAAGUUUCCACGCAGUUGUGAAAGAGUGGAAAGUUUCCACGCAGUUGUGAAAGAGUGGAAAGUUUCCACGCAGCCGUGAAAGAGUGGAAAGUUUCCACGCAGCUGUGAAAGAGUGGAAAGUUUCCACGCAGUUGUGAAAGAGUGGAAAGUUUCCACGCAGUUGUGAGAGAGUGGAAAGUUUCCACGCAGCUGUGAGAGAGUGGAAAGUUUCCACGCAGCUGUGAGAGAGUGGAAAGUUUCCACGCAGCUGUGAGA